AACUCUGAAAUGUUUAAUAUGACAUGAGUCAAGGUGUGUUUAUAUUGGAUAGUUCUAAUAUUUUGCCCAAACAAACCAAAAUGUUCAAGUUAGCCUUAAACUGUUAGCCUGAUCAAUCAAAACUCAUGAAUGUCAAAUAUUACAAGAGUUAUGGGGCAUUUCUAUUGGACGGUUCUAAUGUUUUGGAUUAAAUUACCCAGUUAAGAGUCUAUCAAGAUCAAUUAGAGCUCAAAAAUGUUCAAUAUGACAGGAGUUAAUGUUUCUAUUGGAUAUUUAUUUUGGAUAGUUAUAAUAUUUUGGCUUAACUGAACCCAAAUGGUUUAGUUAAGAGUUACAUAGAUCAAUCAAAACUCAAGUGUAUUACAAGAUUAAUACAAGAGUAUUACAAGUCAUAGUUUUGGUGUAAACUGUCAAUUUACCAUAUCCAGAUUAAUAAUAACUAAAAAAUGUCCAAAUGUCCAACUGAUGUUUUUAUUCUUCAGGCUGAAAAUCUCUGCUCAGUUUCCCUUUCUCCAUAAUUACCUAUGUUUCCUCUAUAUUCUACUUGACUUUUGUCUUAAACAAUACGGUUAAGUGUUAGCCAGAUCAAUUCAAACUUAAAAAUGUUCAAUUUGUGUUAGACGAAUCAAGUCAAAAUGCCCAAUUUUAGUAGCAGUAGUUUAAAUAAUCCAUUUUCUGUAGCCAGUUAAUUCAAAUUUGUCCAUUCCUUUUUAUUUCUUAGCCAAAUAAAUAAAGAACCUCAAAAAUAUCAAAUAUUACAGGAGUUUAGGGACAUUUAUACUGAUCAGUCCUCUUAUUUUGGUUGAAAUUGAUUGUGGUUACUCUCAGUCAAAUGAGAGAAAAACUCAUAAAACUAAUGUUAUUAAGAUGUAAUGCAGGUUUUUAUUGGACAAGCCUCCUCCUUCCUCUUCCUCCUCCUCUUCCUCCUCCUUUUCUUUAUCCUCCUCUUCUUCAUGCGGUUCUUCAGACUGGAAGCUGCUGUGGCUGCAGGAUGAACAGUAUGAACAGGACGGGUUCUGGUCCGCUGUUUUCCGUACGGAUGGUUAUAGGAAGCGUCGACUCUUAUAAUGGAUUAUUCUGGAUUAUGGAUGAAUGAUCUGGUGGACGCUCUCUCUGGUUGCCAAAUCUCGCUGCAGUUACCCACUUCUUUUCUCUUUUGGAGUGGGGAGUGUUUUGGAAGCUGAUAUGUGGGAUCAAUUUAUGUAUUAUUGUAAAAAGAAAAGGAGGGGAAAGAUGUCGAGUGAAAGGCAGCGGUCAGAUGACGAGAGCCCCAGCACCAGUAGCGGCAGUUCAGAUGCGGAUCAGAGAGACCCGCCGGUACCAGAACCAGAGGAGCAGGAGGAGAGGAAGCAGGCCACGCCCCCUCAGCAGCAGAAGAAACCCACCAAACUGUCCAGCAAAACCACGGCCAAGCUAUCGUCCAGCGCCAAGAGGAUUCAGAAGGAACUGGCUGAGAUAACUCUGGAUCCUCCUCCUAACUGCAGUGCGGGACCCAAAGGAGAUAAUAUUUAUGAAUGGAGAUCCACCAUUCUGGGUCCUCCCGGCUCCGUCUAUGAAGGAGGCGUGUUCUUCUUGGACAUCACCUUCUCCUCAGAUUACCCCUUCAAACCUCCAAAGGUCACAUUUCGCACGCGGAUCUACCACUGCAACAUUAACAGUCAGGGAGUGAUCUGUCUGGACAUCCUGAAGGACAACUGGAGCCCCGCCCUCACCAUCUCCAAGGUCCUGCUGUCCAUCUGCUCCCUGCUGACAGACUGCAACCCCGCGGAUCCUCUGGUUGGGAGUAUAGCCACUCAGUAUUUGACCAACAGAGCGGAACAUGACAGGAUAGCCCGACAGUGGACCAAGAGAUACGCCACAUAAACCCCGGACCCCACCGUCCACCUUUUAGCCCCGCCCCACGACCCCCGACCCCCUUUACAACACCCCCCCCCACCCACUCCUGCAGCCCCACCCAGAUCCAGGAGCAUCCACAACUCCACCACCACGAGCAGCAGCAGAUCUUUAUACCUUCACCGUACGGACAGAGCGGACUCCAGGGGGCGCCGGGGAGAGCCGCCGAGCCGAGCGCUACCGCUGUAGAGUUCUUUUGUAGCUGUAGUUUUAGUUCUGUUUAAAACGCCUCCUCUCGCAAGUCUCGCUUCUUUGGGAUAUUAAAAAAAACAAUAAAAAAACAUAAAAAAAAAGAAAUGUAUUUUGUGAUGUAAUGAGGAAACUGUUCCUAAAGGUCAACCAAAUAUUACGGUGCAUUUUAUCCUAACCCAGUAUCUGUACCCAGUGGAAAAUAAAAACAAAACAAAAACAAAAAAACAACAAAAAACGUGUGUAAAAAAAAAAGACAAAAAAUAGCGUAUAGCUGUAGAAUAUUAGAGAUGGUGUAAUUUCUAUGCGCCCCGGAGCCGUUGUGUGCUUCAUGAUGAUGAUGAUGAUGUCGUAAAUCUGUCCCUCUUUUUGUCACUUUGUAAUGAAGAGAUGAUUGAACGUUUUGUAGCUCAGCUGAAAUGAGCCGCUGAUGUAAUAAUUUCCCCUCAAACACAAUAAAAACGAAACAGUAACCUGAA